UACAACAAACAACAAAUACAAUAUAUAAAAUACAAAGCGAGAUAUGCAUCAGCUGUUACCUCUGCAACGAAGGCUGAGUUUGUCGGUUGUACUGGAAUGGCGAGCGAAUACGGCUUAGCAUUUUGCAUACGGAAGUUGUGAAGAAUGUAUUUCAAGCGAUAAUAGCCAGCCCUCACAUCGGGUUGAAUACGGCGGUGGAGUACAUCCCGCUAAUUCGUCCACAUACGUAUAACCAUAUACAUUUAAGUAUAUAUGUGCAAAUACCCACAGAUAAAAGUACAAACUAACGAGACUGAUUCCUACACACGUUUAUUUUGGCUCGAAACGAAUUUCCUGUAAGGGACACAGGGUCAACGGCUGAUAUAUCGCAGUCGGAAUAAUCAAUCCACACACAGUUACAAAGUUAUAUUAGAUGAGCACUAGGCGUACAGCACAAUGACGGACCCGAGUCCAACUGGUGUCGGACACACCCUACCAUCCACCCCAAAUACAAACACAGACACAAACAGGCUUAUCAACGACAGUGACUCUCCCGGAAGCACUGACAACACCGUGGGCGGUAUCAGCCUGGUCAAUAGUGCUCUGCCUGGGCGCAGUAGUCAGCCCAUACAAGACGAUCAAUUGCUUCUGGUAGAUGAGAAGGACGUGAAUACGGUGGCUGAUAAUGCGUCGAUGUCUACCACCGAGAGCAAGCCUACGGUAAAUGAUCGGAGUGGUAAAGGCGAUGGGAAAGGGAAAGGGAAAUGGAAAGAUAAGGUAGAGGGUUUUGGCACUAGUACUAUAGCCACACUCAAGAAGGCGGCUGGUCUGAUACAACACGAUGUUGAUCAUGAUAGUGUUACGUACAAAGAUACCGACAGGAACACAGCACUCAGUGUACCCAACGGAGUCUCGGAAGGAGAGGCUAAUACACUGAAUACAGACCAUGCGCUGCCAAGGACAAGGAGUGCGGCACCUAAGCUGUCACAGGACAGCGAUGGGUCUGAGGUCAUUGAGACCCACACAGAUACACUAGACGUGCUGUCGAAUGCCCAUAGCUUCGCGGACGACGUUCCCGAUGGGGAGAAACGACGCAAGACAUGGGAUGACCUGGAUGCAAGUGAUGGCGAAUCGGAUGAUACCAAUGAGAAGGCCACGAGAAGGUAUGGUCAAUAUGCACACACUAUUGUAUAG